AUGGCUCGCAAGCGCUGGGACUCCUCGAUCCACAACCUCGAGCUCUAUCGCGCCACCAAGCUCGAGCGCGAACGACGCCGGCAGAGCCACCAGUCGCAGAAUGCCGAGGCGGCCCGCAAGGACCUGCAGGCGCGCCGGCUCGGUCGCUUCAGCAACAUCCUCAACGCGCUCGACAAGCCGCGGCCAAAGCGUCCGGACGAAGCCGACGCGGAGGAGGGAGCGGGCGAGCGCCACGCGCCCUCCUCCGCGCCGUCGCGCGACGAUGCCUCCGCCAGCGGUGCUGCCGCGGACUCUGACCGGCCGGCCGACGGGCUCGCGAGCCUCGAGGCGGCGCUCGAGGAGGUGAUGGAGGAGGCGGGGCGGCGGCGACCCGCCUCCGUCGGGCGGGCCUCCGCGACGAGGGCCAAGCGCGGUGGCAGGGCGCGCAGGCCGGCCGCCCUUCCACCGCGCGCCGGUCCGUGCGACGAGCGGACGGCGGCGCUGAUGGCGCGGCUCGCCGACUGCUUGAGAGAGGCGGAGGCGCGGCGGGCGGAGCAGGCUCGCCUCUACGAGGCCACCCAGGAGGAGGUUGCGCGGUGCCGCGCGGAGCUCGAGGAGAGGUUGCGCGGCGAGGUCGCUGCCCUCCGCGCCGAACACGAGGCGGCGGAGCGGAGGCACCAGGCGGAGCUGAGAGCCGCCACGGUGGAGAGCCUCGCGCAGUGGGGCAGCUGGGGGCGGCGGAUGAGCGACGACCUCAAGCCGCCGCCGCGCCCCCUCCAUAGCAGCCCCCUCCACAGCAGCAAGCCCGGUCUACGGGGCGGGGUAGGCUGGGGGGCGUGGGAGGACGCGGAGGACGUGGCCGCCGUCGCGACGCCGCGAUCCACCGUCCCGCGGCCCACGUGUCGAAUGCCGCCCACGUCCUUUGACGAGGAUCUAGCCCGCGAGUUCACCGCGGACGCCGGCGAACCCUUCGCAGACCCAGAAGGCGCGCUGCUGCCACCCGUGCUGCAUGAAGCGGCCGCGAGCUGGGAGCGGCCAGCUGGCUUGCUCACUGAAACGCUCGCGGCCGGCGCUGAGCUGUGUGUGGUUCACCUUGCUGGCGCACCGAGGGUGGCGUCGUGCGAUAUUGUUUGCGAGGCGGCGGAUGCCGCCGCCAAAGCGGCUGCCACGGCGCUCGCCUCCGCAAUGCACCUCAUCGCCGACCACGCCGAAAAGUUUGACGACGGCGCUUUUCUGUGGGAGCUAAUCUGGCCCAGGAGUGAGGAGGGCCAGCCGGUGGUCUCGCCUACGGGUCGGUACGGCGUCAAGCUGUGGGAGCACGGCGCCUGGAGGUUGGUGACCAUCGACGACCGUGUCCCGCUGGACCGUGAUGGGAAGUGCCUCUUGCCACUCUCUGGUAACCGGCUUGAGCUAUGGCCGCUGCUCCUCUCCAAAGCCCUGCUCAAGCUCUCGUCGGGCGGACAGGGCGGACGCGGAGAGCACGAGCUCGCGCUCCACCGGCUGACGGGCUGGAUGCCUGCUGUCGCCCCCGUGCUCCCAACGGUGCCCGCCGCGACGACUUGGAGCUUGGUGGCGUCCAUGCUUGCCCGCGCGGAUACCAUCGUCGGCCUCACGCUACCACCGUCGGGAAGCGAGGAUUCUGACGCGCUGCUGGAGGAGAAGGGCCUCAUCCGCCCAGCGAUGCUCACAGUCUGUGACGCGCGCGAGGUUGAGGGCCGUCGGUACAUGCGGCUCCGCUCAAGGUACGCGUCCUGGCGGGGUCCGUUCUGCGACGUGGACGAGACUUCCUGGACGCCUGCUCUCGCUUCUUCCCUGGGGUGGAGCCGGAUGCAGAGGCUGCGGAUGAGGGCCGCCGGCCAGACGCUCUUGGACUUCUGGGUGGACGAGGCCUCGCUCCUCUCCCUCUUUGGGGCCGUCCAUAUGUUGCACAGACCGGCGGCGUCGACGGCGACUUCUGUAACUGAGCUCGACCGGCAAAAGGGUGCUGAGCAAGUUCGGCUGCUCGUGCUGCCCGCGUCUGAUGAGGCGGGAGGUAGCAGCACGCGAGUUCAGAUGUGCGUGCAGGCGCCGGGCGCGCAGGAAGUGGGCUUCUCGCUCUCGCGCUUCGAGUGGUCCUCCUGCACCGCACCUGCGCCUCUUCUCAGCCUCGUCGUGCGCGACGUCUGGACUGCCGAGCUUGACUUGCGUGAGGGCAUCUACCACGUUGAAUUCUUCCUCCCAGCUGAGGCGAGUAAAGGACCCCUUUUGAACAACGAGACGACCUCCGAAGCUUCGGUGGGAGCCUCAAACGGCAUGAGAGGCGGGUCUAUUGCGGCAGCGGGGGACGGAGAGGCAGAGCUUAAUUCAGCGGAGGCGGAGUCUGUGGCGAAUGGGUCAGCUGAGGCGACAGAGGCGACAGUGGAAGCAGAAGAAGCAGACGCACCGCCACUGUCGUGCUCCCUCUUUGUCUCCCACGCUCAGCCGGUGCAGCUUGGGGAGGUGAGAGACGUCCUUCGCGACGCCUUGUCGGUGCAUUCACAGACCGUCUCUGGCACGACGAAGGAGGUGCCUCCUUUGAGCUGGGCGGUCGCGCUCGCGGUGACUCUCAAGCCGAAGGCGUCCGGGACCAUGUGCGUGACGAUACGGCCGCCUGGUAGCCUCCCAGCGUCGUGCUGCAGGCUGCAUGCAGUAGACGACGCCACCGGCGAGUCGACGCGCGUGGUUGGCUUCUGCACCGGCCCAGUCGCCUGCUCCGACGCGUCGGGCGUGACCCUCCUGCUCGACGUCAAGGCGCCAGCCGGCAAGACGCCGCUGAGCGCCGGCGAGUGGCACGCAGAUAUCGUCUCCGAUGUCGAGGUUGAGAUCUCCGCCGCCGAGCUUGGGGAGGCAAGCCUCCCGCUGGAGCAGUACUCGCCCAAUACCGACUACCGGCUGUUUCGCUCCACGCUCAGCUCCAGCGCCUCGUGCAGUGCGGUGGUGCACGUCGCGUGCGAGGGCUUCCCCAGUGCCAAGCUGACGCUCCGGCAGCUGCGGGUGGAUGCGGAGCCGGCCGAGGCCGGGCUGGAUCGCGCGACGUCGGUGAUCCGGGCUGUCACGGGCGUCGGGUGCGUCACCAUGCAUGGCCUACUGCCCGACGGCGCUCCGGGCGGCGCCCUGCUCGAGUGCGUCGUCGACAGACACUGCGCGGCGCUGCUCGAGUUGCCGAACAGGCCCGUGCAAGGCUUGGUGGACGCGCCGCCCACCGCGGCUGACGAAGAGGCGGGCGAGCCGGGCGAGGACGAAGAGGCGGGCGAGCCGGGCGAGGACGGGGCAGAGACCAAACCAGCGCGCGGCACUACUGACCUCUCGUGGAGGCUGCUUGCGGUCGCGCCAGGAGGUGUGACGGUCGAGAAGGACGCGGCUUUCUACCAGUCGCUCGACGCGCUCAAGUCGACUUGGGAGGCGGCCGAGGCGGGAAGGGCGAGCCGGGCGAAGAGCAUGCGCGAGGCCUUUCUCGCACAUUCGCGCGAUGACGCGCAGCCAGCCUCCUCCGCUGCAGCACCCGUUCGGCGGCGACCCCUGAGCGAGAGUCAGAGCGCCCGUGUGCUCUCCGCGGAGGAUUGGGAGGCGGCCGCGGCCGGAACGAGCGAGGAGCGGGUGGAGGCGCACAAGAAGGUGUGCGAGGCUGCCGCAGCGCUGCGCGCGCAACUCCUCGAGCGCUCCUCCGCGGCGAGCCUGGCAGAGCUCGCUGCGGCCAAGGAGGGGGAGGUCCGGCUGAGAGAAGCCUCCGCGCGCUCUUCCUCGCAUUGCGAUGGGCUGGUGGCGUCGCUGCUACCCGCCGCGUGCACAGCCCAAGAGGCUUGAGGCCCCGUGCGAGAGCGCUAGAUAGGUGUGUGUCCGAAAUCGUGAGACCCCCAAAACGCU